GGAUCAAACCCGCCACCUCAUGGUGCCUGGUUGGAUUUGUUUUUGCUGAGUCAUGACUGGAACUCUAGUGCUCAGGAAAUGUUGACUGAAUUGCAGGCAACCUGCAUGGUAUUUUGCAGGUGCAGGUCAAAUUGGCAUAAAAGCCAGUAGUCCAGUAUGUGGGAAGUGACUCAACCUCUAUUGCACUGAUUUCUGCCUUCAGUGGGGCAGAGAAUUUUCCAGAUUUCUUGCAUGUUAACAUCCCCACCCCCAUUGAGGCAAAAGAGAGACAAUUCCUUGUUAGGGAGUGGGCAGAAGCCCCAGUGCUGUCUUUACUAUAAUUUGGAGGUCCCAUUUUUGCAUUUUCUUGCUUAAACUAUGUGCAUAGCACACACUGUGACUUGCCCCUUUCCAAACUCUUGUCAUGAAUCUCUUGAAGGCCUAAUAUGCACACAUCUCCAAUUCUUUGUUCUUCUCAGUAAUUAAUUUCCCAGAGGUGCUUUUUUUAUUACUUGAGAGCAAAAUUUUGAAUAGAUUAUGAUUAAGGCUUUGCAUGAUUUCCUUAUGUCAGUAGUGUGUUGAAAAACAGUAACCAUAAAACUUCCUCCAAUGGGUCGGUGAAAUUUAAUUCUGUUAAAAAUGGUCAAAUGUGGUGACUUCGAGAAAAUUCCCCCAUGUUCUCCCUUUAAAAGUACAUGUAAUAUAUUUGGAACAAAGUUUUAAUACGGCUUUUUUCUCUCAAAGGUCUUCAACAACCUGUAUUAGGCAGAUGAGGUUAUUUAAUGAAGAAUGGUAAUUAAUUCAGAGUCAUUUAUUAUAUUAGCAUGUAAACGUAAUCUGACCUUCAAGCGCUAUGGAAAAGAUCUUUGGAGUUCACGGGCACAGACAGAAGCAAGGAGACGGAAAUUGUGUGUCAGUAAUGGUAUAUUAUUUCAAAACAUGGCAAUUCGUUUUGUGUCAGGUUAAGAUGGUAACUGGAGUGUUGAAGACCUGGAGAGUUGUAAACUGCAUUUAAUCUCUCAGCUGCCCUUAUGUGAUUUGUUAACAGAGAUUAUCAGUGCAUAAUGGGCAUGGCUAAUGAGAAGAGUUAAAUGAGCGAUUGUUGUCUCCUUCGGGUGUGGGAUUAACAAACGGGGAAGCAAAAACUUUUCUUAAAGAAAAUGAAUAAGCAAGAUGCAUUUUUCUUAGGCACUUCCUUUAUACCAAGGAGAGCAGAAAUGUAAGUUUGGAACGUUUUGGUGGGUGGAGCAGGUGUGGUGCAAAGGUAUAAACCUGGAAGGAAGAGCACCUGUACUUUUGAACUUUCCGCCUCUGUUUAUCUUCAAAAUGAAGCUGCGGAGUUUGAGAGGAUUUAAGGCCCAAUCAAGUGCUAAGAUUUUUUUUAUCAUUUUUUAUUUCUUGGAUUUUGUUACCUUCUGUUGAAAUCUAUGUGGUAGAUGGCUGGCCACCGUCACCCUCUCCUAAUGUAAUUCUAACUCCUGAAAAAAAGGAAAUUUAUUAUAUCAGUUGGCUUUUGCUACUGUUGGCUCACCAUUGUGUGUGAGACUGAUCCAUGUCCUUGCUUGUGUCUGAAAUUCAUUCAUUUUUAUUAUUGUUGUGUGGUAACCUGCUCUGUUCACUACACUAUCCAUUUUACUGUCAAUGGAAAUUCACACAGUUUCCAGACUUUAAUCCCAAAGAGAAAGUGACUGUGGUCUUGUUUACCUGUGUGCCUACACACAGGAAUUUCAGCUUUCUCUUUCCCCUUUUCUUGGAGAUGUAACUAUUGCAGUGUCUUAUUAUAUACUGAGUUUAGUAAACUUUGUGAUGUGUGUUCUCGCUGAAGGAAGGGAUACUUAUGGGGUUCGAGGGAUUGACAGGAAGUAGAAGCUAUCCUUAGCCUUAUCUGUGUAGGCAUGCUCCCAGUGACUAAGUGAUCACUGUUCUAGAGACAACUCCAUAUGGUUUCUGGUUGAUUUUUUUUUUAAUCUUUAUUUUAACUGCCCUGGAUACAUGUUUGUUUGUGUUUUCGUAUCAGAUUCCCGUGAGUUCUUUGGCAGCGGGGACAUUCUGAGAUCUAAAUAAAUCCAGCAGAGCAUACUGGGCAUUCUUCCUGCAGGCGCAAUUUGCCUUCCCUUUGGGUGUGCUGGUCUUGCCCUCCCAGCCACGUUUGUGACAUGUCCCUUUCAUAUAGUGCCUUACACUGAACCGGGCUGGUCAACGCCUCAUUCACCAAGAUUUGUGGGGACAGUCAACUCCAGUAUGACACGGCUGUGAGAAAACCGAAAUCGCAGCAAAUCCCCAAACUGAGGACAUGGGUGGAUAUGCCUUCACCUUGAGGAUAUUGCAGUCCAACCACAUCCUUUUACAGAUUUUAGAUGGAAACGUAUUGCUGAAGGCUUCUCAGAUGCUCCAGGAUAUCUUCAGGGAAAUUGAUUUUACAUAAACCGAGAAUUUAGACGUUCUAAGUGAGAGUCUUCAAGUCAUCUGGGAAGAUGGUGGCCCUGUCCUUAAAGAUCUGUGUGCGCCACUGCAAUGUGGUGAAGACCAUGCAGUUUGAACCAUCUACAGCCGUGUACGAUGCGUGUCGAGUCAUUCGGGAACGGGUCCCUGAGGCACAAACUGGUCAAGCUUCUGACUAUGGGCUGUUCCUCUCGGAUGAAGACCCCAGGAAAGGCAUUUGGCUGGAAGCGGGCAGAACACUGGAUUACUAUAUGUUGCGAAAUGGGGAUAUUUUGGAAUAUAAAAAGAAACAGAGACCUCAGAAGAUUCGGAUGCUGGAUGGGUCCGUGAAAACAGUGAUGGUAGAUGACUCCAAGACAGUUGGGGAGCUCCUGGUCACUAUUUGCAGCAGGAUAGGAAUUACAAACUAUGAAGAAUACUCUUUAAUCCAAGAAACAAUUGAAGAAAAAAAAGAGGAAGGGACGGGUACGCUAAAAAAAGACAGGACGCUGUUACGAGACGAGAGGAAGAUGGAGAAGUUGAAGGCCAAGCUUCACACGGAUGAUGACUUAAAUUGGCUGGAUCACAGCCGAACAUUCAGAGAACAAGGAGUAGAUGAAAAUGAAACGUUGCUGCUUAGACGGAAGUUUUUUUACUCUGAUCAGAAUGUGGACUCCAGAGAUCCUGUGCAGCUGAACUUGCUCUAUGUCCAGGCCCGGGAUGAUAUCCUGAACGGCUCCCACCCUGUCUCCUUCGAGAAAGCUUGUGAAUUUGGUGGAUUUCAAGCCCAGAUACAAUUUGGACCUCAUGUGGAGCAUAAACACAAGCCUGGAUUCUUAGAUCUAAAGGAAUUCCUGCCCAAAGAAUACAUCAAGCAAAGAGGAGCUGAAAAGAGAAUAUUUCAGGAACACAAGAACUGUGGAGAGAUGAGCGAAAUAGAAGCCAAGGUCAAGUAUGUCAAACUUGCCCGGUCCCUCCGGACGUACGGUGUGUCCUUCUUCCUGGUGAAGGAAAAGAUGAAAGGCAAGAACAAGCUGGUGCCUCGCCUGCUUGGGAUCACCAAAGACUCAGUGAUGCGCGUGGAUGAAAAGACAAAGGAAGUGCUACAGGAGUGGCCACUGACCACAGUCAAGCGCUGGGCAGCCUCACCCAAAAGCUUCACACUGGAUUUUGGAGAGUACCAGGAAAGCUACUAUUCAGUACAAACCACUGAGGGAGAGCAAAUAUCCCAGCUGAUUGCAGGCUACAUCGACAUCAUCCUUAAAAAGAAACAAAGUAAAGAUAGAUUUGGACUAGAGGGUGAUGAGGAGUCAACGAUGUUAGAGGAGUCUGUUUCCCCCAAAAAGUCCACCAUCUUGCAGCAACAAUUCAAUCGCACUGGGAAGGUGGAGCAUGGUUCGGUGGCUCUACCAGCUGUGAUGCGCUCUGGCUCCGGCGGGCCCGAGACCUUCAACAUGGGCAGCAUGCCCUCCCCGCAGCAGCAGGUCAUGGUUGGGCAGAUGCACCGAGGCCACAUGCCCCCACUGACCUCUGCCCAGCAGGCCCUCCUGGGGACCAUCAACACGAGCAUGCACGCUGUCCAGCAGGCCCAGGAUGACCUCAGCGAGCUCGACUCCCUGCCGCCUCUUGGCCAGGAUAUGGCGUCCAGGGUAUGGGUUCAGAAUAAAGUUGAUGAAUCUAAACAUGAAAUCCACUCCCAAGUUGACGCCAUCACAGCUGGAACAGCUUCAGUUGUUAACCUCACAGCCGGGGACCCUGCAGACACUGACUACACAGCUGUGGGAUGUGCAAUCACCACCAUCUCGUCCAACCUGACGGAGAUGUCCAAGGGUGUGAAGCUGUUGGCGGCCCUCAUGGAUGACGAGGUGGGCAGCGGGGAGGACUUGCUCAGAGCUGCGAGGACCCUCGCCGGGGCCGUGUCAGAUUUGCUGAAAGCUGUGCAGCCUACUUCUGGAGAGCCUCGACAGACAGUUUUGACUGCUGCCGGAAGCAUUGGACAAGCCAGUGGGGAUCUUCUGCGGCAGAUCGGGGAGAAUGAGACUGAUGAGCGAUUCCAAGACGUUUUAAUGAGUUUGGCCAAAGCUGUUGCCAAUGCCGCCGCCAUGUUGGUACUAAAGGCAAAGAAUGUUGCCCAAGUGGCUGAAGACACGGUCCUACAGAACAGAGUGAUUGCUGCCGCCACCCAGUGCGCCCUCUCCACCUCUCAGCUUGUGGCAUGUGCCAAGGUCGUGAGCCCUACCAUCAGCUCUCCUGUGUGCCAGGAGCAGCUGAUUGAAGCAGGGAAGCUUGUGGACCGCUCGGUGGAGAACUGCGUCCGCGCCUGCCAGGCGGCCACCGACGACAGCGAGUUGCUGCAGCAGGUCAGCGCGGCAGCCAGCGUGGUCAGCCAGGCCCUCCACGAUCUCCUGCAGCAUGUGCGACAGUUCGCCAGCCGAGGCGAGCCCAUUGGUCGCUACGACCAGGCUACCGACACCAUCAUGUGUGUCACCGAAAGCAUCUUCAGCUCCAUGGGAGACGCUGGUGAAAUGGUACGCCAGGCCCGGGUCCUGGCCCAGGCCACCUCGGACCUCGUCAACGCCAUGAGGUCAGAUGCGGAAGCAGAAAUUGACAUGGAGAAUUCCAAGAAGCUUCUGGCAGCAGCAAAACUCUUGGCUGACUCCACGGCUCGCAUGGUGGAGGCUGCAAAGGGGGCCGCAGCCAACCCCGAGAACGAGGACCAGCAGCAAAGACUGAGAGAAGCUGCAGAAGGUCUUCGGGUGGCAACCAAUGCUGCAGCCCAGAAUGCAAUUAAGAAAAAGAUUGUCAACCGACUGGAGGUUGCUGCCAAGCAGGCUGCCGCUGCGGCCACACAAACCAUCGCCGCCUCCCAAAACGCAGCCGUGUCCAACAAGAACCCUGCAGCCCAGCAGCAGCUGGUCCAGAGCUGCAAGGCGGUGGCCGAUCACAUUCCUCAGCUGGUCCAGGGAGUCAGGGGGAGCCAAGCCCAAGCAGAAGACCUCAGUGCCCAGCUGGCUCUCAUCAUCUCCAGCCAGAAUUUCCUCCAGCCUGGAAGCAAGAUGGUGUCCUCUGCCAAGGCUGCAGUGCCCACCGUGAGUGACCAGGCUGCUGCCAUGCAGCUGAGCCAGUGUGCCAAGAACCUCGCCACCAGCCUGGCGGAGCUGCGUACUGCCUCGCAGAAGGCCCACGAAGCCUGUGGUCCCAUGGAAAUCGAUUCCGCUCUGAGCACCGUGCAGACCCUGAAGAGUGAACUGCAGGACGCCAAGAUGGCUUCUGUGGAGAGUCAGCUCAAGCCCCUCCCUGGGGAAACGCUGGAAAAAUGUGCUCAGGACCUGGGAAGUACAUCUAAAGCAGUAGGCUCUUCCAUGGCUCAGCUCCUGACCUGUGCGGCUCAAGGCAACGAACACUACACAGGGGUGGCUGCUCGAGAGACGGCCCAAGCUCUGAAAACGCUGGCCCAGGCCGCCCGGGGAGUAGCUGCAUCUACGAGUGACCCCACGGCCGCACAUGCCAUGUUAGACUCCGCUCGAGAUGUGAUGGAGGGCUCAGCCAUGCUCAUCCAAGAGGCCAAACAGGCCCUGAUUGCACCUGGAGAUGCCGAGAGUCAGCAGAGACUAGCCCAGGUGGCUAAAGCCGUCUCUCACUCCCUGAAUAACUGCGUGAAUUGCUUGCCUGGGCAGAAGGAUGUGGACGUGGCCUUGAAGAGCAUUGGGGAGUCGAGCAAGAAGCUGCUGGUGGACUCGUUACCUCCGAGCACGAAGCCUUUCCAGGAAGCCCAGAGUGAACUGAACCAAGCAGCGGCUGAUCUGAACCAGUCCGCAGGAGAGGUUGUCCAUGCCACCCGGGGCCAGAGUGGAGAGCUGGCUGCAGCCUCCGGGAAAUUCAGUGAUGAUUUUGACGAGUUCCUCGAUGCCGGCAUUGAGAUGGCAGGCCAGGCUCAGACGAAAGAAGACCAGAUCCAAGUUAUAGGGAACCUCAAGAACAUCUCGAUGGCAUCCAGCAAGCUGCUCUUAGCUGCCAAGUCUCUCUCUGUAGACCCAGGAGCCCCCAAUGCGAAAAAUCUCCUGGCUGCAGCUGCCAGAGCUGUGACAGAGAGCAUCAAUCAGCUUAUCACUCUAUGCACCCAGCAAGCUCCUGGCCAGAAGGAGUGCGAUAACGCCCUGCGGGAGCUCGAGACUGUCAAGGGGAUGUUGGACAAUCCAAACGAACCCGUUAGUGACCUCUCAUACUUUGACUGCAUUGAAAGUGUGAUGGAAAACUCCAAGGUUCUGGGAGAGUCAAUGGCAGGGAUUUCGCAGAACGCCAAGACUGGGGACCUCCCUGCCUUUGGAGAGUGUGUGGGGAUUGCAUCCAAGGCUCUCUGUGGACUGACAGAAGCCGCAGCCCAGGCUGCAUACCUGGUUGGCAUCUCGGAUCCAAACAGCCAAGCAGGCCACCAGGGCCUUGUGGACCCCAUUCAGUUUGCCAGGGCAAACCAGGCUAUCCAGAUGGCAUGCCAGAACCUGGUGGAUCCUGGCAGCAGCCCGUCACAGGUUCUGUCAGCUGCCACGAUCGUCGCCAAGCACACCUCGGCUUUGUGCAACGCGUGCCGCAUCGCCUCGUCCAAGACGGGCAACCCGGUGGCCAAGAGGCACUUUGUCCAGUCAGCCAAGGAAGUGGCCAAUAGCACUGCCAACCUGGUGAAGACCAUCAAGGCGCUGGAUGGGGAUUUCUCUGAAGACAACCGCAAUAAGUGUCGAAUUGCCACUGCCCCCUUGAUUGAAGCCGUGGAGAACUUGACAGCAUUCGCGUCCAACCCUGAGUUUGUCAGCAUUCCUGCCCAGAUCAGCUCUGAGGGCUCCCAGGCACAGGAACCAAUCCUGGUCUCAGCCAAGACCAUGCUGGAGAGCUCAUCGUACCUCAUCCGCACCGCACGCUCACUGGCCAUCAACCCCAAAGACCCGCCUACCUGGUCUGUGCUCGCCGGACACUCCCACACUGUGUCUGACUCUAUUAAGAGUCUCAUCACAUCUAUCAGGGACAAGGCUCCUGGACAGAGGGAGUGUGACUACUCCAUUGACAGCAUCAACCGGUGCAUCCGGGACAUCGAGCAGGCCUCGCUGGCUGCUGUCAGCCAGAGCUUGGCCACGAGGGAUGACAUUUCUGUGGAGGCCCUGCAGGAGCAGCUGACUUCAGUGGUCCAGGAAAUUGGGCACCUUAUUGAUCCCAUUGCGACGGCGGCUCGGGGUGAAGCGGCUCAGCUGGGACAUAAGGUAACACAGCUGGCGAGCUACUUUGAGCCAUUGAUCUUAGCUGCAGUGGGUGUUGCCUCCAAGAUUCUGGACCACCAGCAGCAGAUGACGGUCCUGGACCAGACCAAGACGCUUGCCGAAUCUGCCCUGCAAAUGUUGUAUGCGGCCAAAGAAGGCGGAGGAAACCCCAAGGCCCAGCACACCCACGACGCCAUCACAGAGGCUGCCCAGCUCAUGAAGGAGGCCGUGGAUGACAUCAUGGUGACACUGAACGAAGCUGCCAGUGAGGUGGGCUUGGUGGGAGGCAUGGUCGAUGCCAUCGCAGAAGCCAUGAGCAAGCUGGAUGAAGGCACUCCUCCAGAGCCAAAGGGGACGUUCGUCGACUAUCAGACUACAGUGGUUAAAUACUCCAAAGCCAUUGCGGUAACGGCUCAGGAAAUGAUGACUAAGUCGGUUACUAACCCGGAGGAGUUGGGAGGACUGGCUUCACAAAUGACCAGUGACUAUGGGCACCUGGCUCUCCAGGGCCAGAUGGCAGCAGCCACGGCGGAACCAGAGGAGAUCGGCUUCCAGAUUCGCACUCGGGUGCAGGACCUGGGCCACGGCUGCAUCUUCCUGGUGCAGAAGGCGGGCGCCCUCCAGGUGUGCCCCACAGACAGCUACACCAAGAGGGAACUGAUCGAGUGUGCCCGCGCUGUCACCGAGAAGGUGUCCUUGGUGCUAUCAGCUCUCCAGGCUGGGAACAAAGGGACCCAGGCAUGUAUCACAGCUGCCACUGCCGUGUCUGGGAUCAUUGCCGACCUGGACACCACCAUCAUGUUUGCAACUGCAGGGACCCUUAACGCAGAGAACAAUGAGACCUUUGCAGACCACAGGGAGAACAUUCUGAAGACAGCCAAGGCCUUGGUGGAAGACACGAAGUUGCUGGUGUCGGGGGCUGCAUCCACUCCAGACAAGCUGGCCCAGGCGGCCCAGUCCUCAGCAGCCACCAUCACUCAGCUCGCCGAGGUGGUCAAGCUGGGGGCCGCCAGCCUCGGCUCUGAUGACCCUGAGACCCAGGUGGUGUUGAUCAAUGCCAUCAAAGAUGUGGCCAAGGCCCUUUCAGAUCUCAUCGGUGCUACCAAAGGAGCUGCCAGCAAGCCUGCCGACGACCCCUCCAUGUACCAACUCAAGGGGGCCGCCAAGGUGAUGGUGACCAAUGUCACCUCCCUCCUCAAGACUGUGAAGGCAGUGGAGGACGAGGCCACCCGGGGCACACGGGCGCUUGAGGCCACUAUCGAGUACAUGAAGCAAGAGCUCACGGUAUUCCAGUCAAAAGAGGUACCUGAAAAGACAUCGUCACCUGAAGAGUCGAUCCGGAUGACCAAAGGCAUCACCAUGGCAACAGCCAAAGCCGUGGCAGCUGGGAACUCGUGUCGACAGGAGGACGUGAUCGCCACCGCCAAUCUGAGCCGAAAGGCCGUGUCAGAUAUGCUGACGGCCUGCAAGCAAGCAUCCUAUCACCCUGAUGUCAGCGAGGAGGUGCGCAGCAGAGCCUUGCGGUACGGGACAGAGUGCACCCUCGGCUAUCUAGACCUUCUGGAGCACGUCUUGGUGAUUCUUCAGAAACCAACCCCAGAACUCAAGCACCAGCUGGCUGCUUUCUCCAAGCGCGUGGCGGGCGCCGUGACUGAGCUCAUCCAGGCGGCAGAGGCCAUGAAAGGAACAGAGUGGGUGGACCCAGAAGACCCAACCGUCAUUGCAGAAACAGAAUUACUGGGGGCCGCAGCAUCCAUUGAGGCUGCUGCUAAGAAGUUAGAGCAACUGAAGCCAAGAGCAAAACCAAAACAAGCGGAUGAGACCCUGGAUUUUGAAGAACAGAUCUUGGAAGCUGCUAAAUCCAUUGCUGCUGCCACAAGUGCCCUGGUCAAAUCGGCCUCGGCAGCCCAGAGGGAACUGGUGGCCCAAGGAAAGGUGGGCUCCAUUCCUGCCAAUGCCGCAGACGAUGGACAGUGGUCACAGGGCCUGAUUUCUGCCGCUCGGAUGGUGGCAGCUGCGACCAGCAGUCUCUGCGAGGCAGCCAAUGCCUCCGUCCAGGGACACGCCAGCGAGGAGAAGCUCAUCUCAUCCGCCAAGCAGGUCGCCGCUUCCACGGCUCAGCUGCUUGUGGCCUGCAAGGUGAAGGCCGAUCAGGAUUCAGAGGCCAUGAGGCGGCUACAGGUAAUGGUCACUGAUGCUGGUGGGAAAAUACUCCUGUUGGAGCGGGCAGCAGGAAAUGCUGUGAAAAGAGCCUCAGACAAUCUCGUGCGUGCAGCCCAGAAGGCAGCAUUUGGCAAAGCUGAUGAUGACGAUGUCGUGGUGAAAACAAAGUUUGUAGGGGGCAUUGCUCAGAUCAUCGCCGCCCAGGAGGAGAUGCUGAAGAAAGAGCGAGAACUGGAAGAAGCAAGGAAAAAACUGGCCCAGAUCCGCCAACAGCAGUAUAAAUUCCUACCCACCGAGCUGAGGGAGGACGAAGGCUAAGGCCAGAGCUGAGACAGCGCGCCCCGGGGCACAGCUCUGCGAGAACUGGGCGGACCGUGCUCCUGAGAGGCCAGCCCCGGCCCUAGAACUUCCUGCCUCCCCCCGGGGUGAGCUCGGAGCUCUGAGCGCUCAUUCCCUCUCUACGGUCCUGUCGGGCACCGGCUGCAUGAUUGUGAUGUCACACGGUACAGUGGCCCACCCACAGCUCCUCUGCCUCCCCCAGGCCUCGCCAGCUCUCAGGAGAGAGGGGCGCAGGUUCACAGACUGUUACCAAAAGGAGACGUCAGUAUUACGUGGUUCUCAGACACCUGUGCUUCUGUCGGCCCUUCUCUGGGUCUGCUCCUGGGCCUGAUGCGAAAGCUUAAUAGGAAAAAAACCAGCUCGGGGGAAAUCAUUGAUGCCAUAGAUACUCAGAGAUAUUCUUCUCCUUCUCAGGGGAAGAUGGACAUCGGAGUUGGACAGGGUUAAUUAAAGCCAGAAACAUCAACCAGUGUGGACUCCAGGAGGGCUUCUCGGGUCCUCCUGCCAUGUCGCAAGCCCUGGCUCACCCAGAGGGUGAAGAAUUCCUGCUCCUGUUUGCACGCUUUCUUGCCUCAGUGUGUAAGCUCCUUGUACAAUCUAGACCCAAGUUGUAUUCUGUGGCCCGGAAAAUCAAAGGGUUUUUUUUUUUUUUUUUUUUUUUUUUUUUUCCUCCUCCAUAUCCACAGGGCAGAGGUAGGGGGACUGUCAGGGCUCAGUGAGCAGGGGCUGUAAUAAAACAUGUGGGCUCCUUAC